AUGGAUCCAGCAGAGGUAGCGGGCCGAUACUUUGGUUGCAAUCACUUUGAGGAACGACAGGUCAAGCUUCCGCGCGAGGCGCAUCCUUUUGCUUAUGUUUUUGAUAAAGAGACAAAAGCCUGCGCCGGCCUAAGGGCCGAGCCGUCUAGGACCGAGGACUACUGGAGUGUGGACCCCGAACUAGGCGCAGUCGUCAGGCAUCAUCUUUACCCCCGAAAGCGACUGUAUGUUCCCACGGAAGAUGACGUUAAUGAGUAUCCAACCAUGCGCACUCAAAGGAUCACCCAGAUGAACAAUGGCCAAACCAUCACCGAUGACUUUAACGAGGGGGGAGCCGCCAAACAGAAAGAAUGGUGGACAGGUAAGACCUACUUCCCAAUCGUUGACGCUCAUACUCCUACCGAAUUGGCCGCCGCUGCUAAGGGUAAGGCUAGAAGCAAAACCGAAGCGAAGCGUGAAGCCAAGCAGCAAAGGUUCAAGGACCCCAGUACCAUACAGUCCGAUCCUGUUCCGGCAAUGAACAAACCUGUUAAUGUCAUGACUUAUGACAUGAAAGAGUUCCUUUCCUCCUGUGUGGAUAGGUACUGUGAACUCGCCAAAGUUGAACGCAGUACUCUCAAGAAGGUCGCCACGCCGUUCCACGAAAAUAGGAUUGCUAAGCCCAUAGAGGACAAUGAGCCUGCUGGCCGAUUGCAACCAAUCGCUAGCAGAGUACUCAUGAAAAUCCUUUUUGCUGCACGGAUGGCCAGAUGGGACCUACUUAGAGCCAUACAGAGCCUUGCCAGCAGG